GGUAGUCCCCAAAAUAUAAUUAUAAGAUAGUAUUAAUUUAACAAAAUAAAAUAUUCCUAAGCCGAGCCGAAGCCAAAUUAGAGUCGGAGCUUUCUUCCUACCAUCUUAAACCCCCUUUCAACUAAACCCUAAUUUCUCUCUCUCUUUCUCUCACUGUUUCUAAUUUUGUUUCUCACAAUUACAGUAAGGAAUGGAGAAGUUUCAUCAAACAGAUUGCACCCAGAUCUUGUCGCAUAUCAAGGAUCAAGAGAAGCUGCUUAAUCUCAAAAGAAGGUGGUUGAUGGGACUUUCCACUUCCCGGUCGAAAAAGAAGCAACUCAAGGAACCCAAGUUUUUUAAGUACAAGACUUUGCCUGAAUCGUUUCUGAGGGAGGAUGAUAUAUUCUAUGAGACUAUUAAAGCUCACGUUGAAGAAGCCUUUGGAGCACGUAAUUUUGAAAGAGGAAGUCAUGUUAUUCAAGAUGGUGUCCAAUCAUUUGAUGCACCCAAGAUAAUGGGAGUCAUUUUUUCAUGCCUCGAUGCUUUGACUAAUAAUGGGCUUUGCCUUAUUGCUAUGAUACUCUCAGGAUCCUUAGGACAUUUUGAGAAAACUAGGUACCAAAUGAAAAAAGUUAUUAGAGAAUCUUUGCCGAGAUGUUUGGGCAGCGAAAAUCAUGAUCAUAAGCAAAAGGCGACUAUCAUGCAGCUAUAUAACGUUCUCAAUGAUCCUCAAAAUUUUCGGAACAAUACUAUGAAAUCGAUGACUCCAGCAUUUCAAUUUGAUCAUGCUGCUGCGACCCAUGUACUGGAUGGAUUGGAGGAUUUGCCUUUCCAGACCUUGAUUGCAAUGGACAGGAAGCUUAGAUGUCUCAAAAGAGUGCCCCAGUUACAGGCUUGUGAACGGGGUAAGAAACGCAAACGAUUAAUUAAGAACGUGAGUAAAACAGCUAAAACGAUGCUUGUGGAUCUUGAUAAAGUGGGUAAACUACGAGAGCCAUUAGCUAAAGCUUUGGCAGUAGCUGACUUAUCACUAAAGCUAACUACGGGCUGCCGAAAUUCCUCCACGACAAGCUUUCACCAAUUCUCACCUGAAAUUGUAAGCUUGCAGGAUGAUAUUGUGAAGGCUAUUUGGAUUCUUAAAACGAAGAUUAGAUUUCCGGAGCUGAAAACCUUAAAGCUUUUGUUGGAUCCAAAUGUUGCUAUAUCAAAUCGUUCUUUGAGAGGAGCAAUUACAAAUAUGUUAACAGAGUUUCUCUUUGAGUGCAAUGAUAUGGAUACAAUUCCCAAGUCUUUAUUAGAAACUCUUUCUGUUAUUAACGAGGAUUCCCGAUCUAUGCCACAUGGACGCUUCCUUAAGGAUGAUAUUGAAGAAGAGGUAGAAUCUAUACUAAGUGUGAGUGCUCAGAUGAAACAAAUUGUUUGGGAUGUGCUUCCUGAUCAUGAGUUAGAUGAGGAAUUUGCUGAUGCAUAUGGGGAAGAAUUAGAAGGAAGUGAUGAUGAUAGUUGUAUUGAGGGCGAUGAUAGCGGUGGCAAUGAUGAGAAAAUGGGAAAUAAGGACUUGGAGAGUUGUAUGUCAUAUUCUGCCAAUUCGGAUGAGAGAGAUGAGGUUAUAAAGGAUGUGAAAGUGGAUCCAGAAAAUGUAUCAAGUAAUGAGAAAGGUAGCAAAGAUAUAAACCAGGUAAAGAUCAAGGGCAAAUUGCACGCAUCCAGUAAUAGAAAUUGUUUUUCCCCUUUCAAUUCACCAAGUGGAGAGUUAAAUUACCAUUCAGUUGAGAGAGAUGAGGUUGAACAGAACAAUGGAGUGGAUCCAGAAAAUGCAUCAAUUUUUUCUUCUAGCAUUCAGUUGGGGAAUGGAACGUUUUUGCACAACGAAUCAAGCACGUUUACAAAUCAAUAUCUUACCAUACAAGAAGCAUGUGAUGAGACAAGUUUUGUUGCCUACAAUCUAAUUGGUCGGCUAUUGGAAAAGUUUACUAAGGAGCAGGACAUGGAUUUAGGUUGGAGUGAUAGCUUGUAUCUCAGAGGUGACUCUUCAAUCCAAGAACAUACUCAAGAAGGGAAGCAGAGAUUAACUGAGGAAGACAUGGGAGAUUAUUUAAUUGAAAUACUUAAGGAGCUAAUGCCUUCUCUUCCAAAGAGUUAUUUUUCUUAUCCACCUGGAAAGUGAUGGGUUUACCAUGCAUUAUUCUGACUGCAGUGACACAAAAAUUGAAGGAGUUGAUGGGGCACAUUUUUGGCACCCUUUAAUUAUCCAGGACGAUUAUAGCAGCACCGAUUUUAUAUCAAAUCUAUGCUUAUUGAUUAAACAUGAGCUAUUCAAAUUUCCCUGCAAUCUUCAAUUUUUUGAGAUGUGGCUUGGUUUAGAAGGAGCAAAGAUCGAAAGGAUCAUAUGGCUUCUCUGGUUCUAAUUGUACAGAAAAGUGAUUGCUGGUAAGUGGUAAAGUUUGGUCAUCUUGCUUGCAGAUCCAGGUCACCAUUUGAACCAUGUGUCUAACUACUUGAAACUUUUUUAAGUGGAGAGCUGUAUUAUAUACAUCCAUUCGGAAAUAGUCAUUUUGUUUACAUGUACUAUUUUUAAUGUUUUACCUCUCCUUAAUAGAAUGCUAAAGGAAAAAGGUGUCAGGAAGAGGGGUGUAUUGCAAUUCAUUUAGUUUGUAUCUGCAUCUUGAAGCAAUAGCUACCUCCGAAAAGUUUGUGUAUGGGAAUCAAAGAUUUUUAUGU